CAAAACUUCAAUGAAAUUGACAAGUUCGAUCUGUAAUUUUCUUCCAUUAUUUCGUCGUUCAAAAUGAAAAUCAUGUGAUAAAUGUUGAAUAUUCAUGCUUUAACUGAUUGUGAAGAAGAUAAUAAAGAAGGACGCAAACAAACAACUAGAAGAACUGCAACCUUUUGACCUGUAAAUAGAAUACCUACACAACAGUAGUAAAGAUGCCGCGGAAAAGAGAGAACGUCUGCGCCGAGCUGCCUGCCAUUGAUGACGUGUUAGAAGAAUCGGAACAGAUACUCAGACAAUGCUUCCAAGAAUACCAACCUGAAGAGGUGUUUCUCUCGUUCAACGGCGGCAAAGACUGCACCGUUCUCCUAGACCUAACAAUAAACAUUCUACGUGAAAUACAUAAGACAGAAAACAUAGAGAAACGACUAAAAGUAGUGUACUUCCGAACGAAAGAUCCGUUUGUUGAAAUAGAAGAGUUUGUGAAUGAGAUGCAACGACGGUAUGGUGUGACGUUGAUGGUGACAGAGGUGGGGGAAAUGAAGGCUACACUUCAGAGGAUAUUAGACAGAGAUGGACAAUUGAAAGCCUGUCUUAUGGGAACGAGACGGACAGAUCCGUAUAGCCAAGACUUACGUUUUAUGCAGAAAACCGACUCAAACUGGCCACAAGUGAUGCGGGUGUCGCCACUGCUCAACUGGUCCUACCACCAAAUUUGGAGCUACAUCAUUAUACGGAACGUGCCUUACUGCAGCCUCUAUGACAGAGGAUACACCUCAAUAGGCAGCACCCGUAACACCUGGCCGAACCCAGCCCUAGCUAUCAAGGACAGCAAUGGCUACCUUUCCUACCUUCCAGCAUGGCGGCUCUCAGACGCGUCCCUCGAACGAGCCGGGAGGACCCCUCCUGUGGUCAACGGACACGCCAGCAAUGGACACGUGGAUAAUGCACACGGUUUAGAAUCCAAUGGUGAUACACUUGUGGCGUGAUAGGAAAUUUUAAUGUAGUUAAGUUCGGUUGGGUAAAUACUAAAUACUGAUGCAGAGAUAGGUGUCAUCUAUAGGCAAUUGAAAGGUACAGCCCGGACAAGUUAACGCACCUGUAGCUGAAUCCACGUAACAAAACUUAAACGACAUGCAAGCGAUUUGAUUGCUAGAGUCACUUUUCGUAUUGACGCGUUUUUGUUUCGAUUUCGUUUUUACGCGUAUUCAAUCGUUGCCUCCGCGGUAUUAACCUAUUUUGAAGUUUGGUUCAAGUGAUUAAACGUCAAAUGACAAAUCGC